AUGCCUCACUUCCUCUUGCCAUGUUGCUGCUGCCAGCCAUGCUGCUGCAAGCCUUGCUGCAAGCCCUGCUGCGAACAGACCUGCUGUAAGCCCUGCUGCCCCCCCUGUUGCCAGACCAAGAAGUGGAGACAGCGCACACCUGAAUAUAAGACAAUGGAGAAACCUUCCUUUCCACUCACCAACAUGUGCGAUUGUUGCGGUUCCAACAAUGACACAACCAUCAUCGCUGUCCCUUGUGGUAACCAGGGGGGUUGCUGCCAGCCUUGCUGUCGCUGCCAACCAUGUUGCUGCCAGCCAUGUUGCUGUAAGCCCAGCUGCCAACAGACCUGUUGUGCCCCAUGCUGCCCCCCCUGUUGCCAGUCUAAGAAGAGCUGCUAGAGCAUAAAGCAGAUGUGGAAUAACAUGAAGCAACCAACAGCCAGAAUAAGAACAGCGUUUCGAGAGUCCUUUGGAAGGCCUGAUCGUUGUCUUUCUGAGCUCAUCCUUUGCCCAAGCUUUGCACCUGCCUCUUUUCAACAUCUGUUUCUUCUGUUUCUCCCUUUUUGUCAUUGAAAAAGUCUCUCUCUUGCUAAGCAAAGGAGGCACGAGUUAAUGCUGCAUUGUCAUUCGUCGCAUUCUCUUCAUUCUUUCCUGUUCUGAAUUUGUCUGAUGAUACACCGCAAAUGCAAAUCUAGAGUCCAGAUUCCAGUAUAUCAAGAGAACUCCAAUGCACAGCAAGGACUAACAAUCAACCUGGGUCAAAAUUCUGAUUCUGAUUAACCUGGCUCAAAAAUAAGAAUUAGUGAAAUUCUGUCUUGUGCUGAGGUGGGCAAGAAAAUAUGUAACAUUGCCACCUAAAGGCUUGUCUUAGGGCCAAGCUACAAGUGACAAAUGACACUUGAACAGCAAGUGGAUCGAGUGGAGUGCAAGUGAACAGGGAGAAAUACACUUGCCGUUCAAGUGUCAUUUGUCACUUGUAGCUUGGCCCUCAGACUGUAAGAUCACCCUUACAGAACAACUGCAGUCGGUGAAACACAAGGAGGCCUUCCUGCAUAUCUAACAAAUAUCCCAAAGGAUACUAAACUGUUCGAUCGGACAUGCAACCAUCCUGAAUUAAUUAGCAAAGAAAGGCUCAUCCUUCUAUGACUAGAAAGUCUGUAAGUCUGAAACUUUCUUUAAAAGACCAGCCUAUUUGUUGGCAAAUUAGAUUCAGUUUUUUUUUCCAAAACCACCUGUCACCAAAAAAAAUAGCUGGACAGUGUUCAUGUGUCACCAUCAGCCAAUGAGGGUUGUCAACCCCCAUGUGGGGUCUGGAGAUCUCCAAGAAUUAUAUCUCCAAGAAUUAUAAUUGAUUCCCAGUCUACAGAGAUUGGCUCUACUAGAGAAAAUGGCUGCUUUGGAGGGUGGAAUCUAUGGCAUCAAAUCCCUGAUAUGAUCCCUCCCCUUUCCAAAUUCUGCUCCGCCACCAAAUAUCCAGGAAUUUCUCAACCUAGAAGUUUCAUCCUCGUUCCCUUAGCACUUCUCUUUUUCUCUUCCAUUUUUAUCCAGCUUUGGUUCCCCCUCAUUCCCCUCUCCCAUGCAUCUCUCUGUUAUCCCCAAACUGCACUUAUCCUCCCCAUCUCCUUUUGACACCCACCUGAUUCUACCUGAGUUCUACUCCCCUCCCCCUCUGCGCUAGCUGAGGUCCUUGCUCCUCUAUUCCACCCUACUGUCCAUCUCAUCCAUUCCCCACAUCUAUCCCUCUCUACAUCUCCCUCGCCAUUUUCUCUUUUCUUUGGUGGCACUGACAGAAGCUGUGACCACACAUGAUCAAAGUCUAUAGUGUUAUCUGUGGAUGAAGAACCUCCAAAGUGGUCACAUCAGGGAUUGCUUUGUUUGAGUUGCAUUUUCAAAUUGCCUUUUUCUCCCUUUGCCUUUCUGUAUCUCCUGUUCACAUUCAAUAAAGCUGAAAUCUACCCCAUUGCCUCUG